CCAGCACGCAGAAAACGCGUUGCGGGGCUGAGCAUCUCGUCCUUCUUCAUGAAAGUCCUCGCCGUGUGCCCAAGGAGUGUUCACUUCCAUCUUUAUCUACAAGAAUUGCCACUUCGAUGUCAAAACGCAAAAAUUCAGAUCACUGGCAAGCGCCAACGCCCCCACCAGCGCAGAGGCUGGCAGCGCGCGAGCCGCCCAUGCCAACGCCAAUACAACCGCUACCCCAGUCACAGUGUCGAUUUCGAACACUCCGCAUUUCUUCUAUCCCACUGCAUGUCACGAAGGACGAUUUUAGGCCGUAUCUGAAGGAACUCCUCGGAUACGAUGACUUCGUAUUCUCAUUGGUCCCUACGAAAUUUUAUGCAGUAGCAACUGUUACUCUCACUAAGGGGGAGCCCGCAUGCCCGGAUCUUGCGGGUUGCACCCCGGGCAAAAAAACCUACAUCGCCUACGGGGAGUCGGGAGUCAUUCUAGCCGUCGACUGCGACUUUCUUGGUAUGACACCAUUAUACAGUGCAUCGGAGCCGACAGUUGACCUCGUCGCCGUCACGGGUCUCGCAGGCCACGCAUAUGGAUCUUGGAAGUCGCGCAACCGGCCCCAUGUGUGGCUGAGAGACUUUCUACCACACGAUCUGGAUGCACACGACUGCAGAGUGAGGGUUCUCACGUUUGGCUACAACUCGGCUCUCAAAGACGAUAGGUCUACACCUUCUAUCCAAGGCUUUGCGAGAUUGCUCCUCGACAGUCUGAACAGUCAACGUCAAGGCGAGAAGGAGCGACACCGUCCAAUAAUCUUCAUUGGCCAUAGCCUCGGUGGUUUGAUCAUCAAACAGGCACUCGCCGAUGCAUCCCACGAAAGCGAGAAAUCCGAAAACGACCAAGCCAUCCUAGACUCGUGCACUGCACUCUUUCUCUUCGGAGUACCGCACCGAGGGCUCAACAUCAAAAAUUUCAGAACCUUGGUGAAGGACCAGAAGAAUGAACACUUCAUCGGUGACCUGAGAGUCGGCUCGGACUUCUUGAGACUGUCGCAUCAGCGUUUUUCCCAAGUGGUUGAGCUCAACAGUUGCCAAGUCAUUUCAUUCUUCGAAUGUAGAGACACUCAGGCUGUGGUCAUUGACGACCGGACCGGAUGCUGGAAAAGAAGUGGGGAGAUGAUACGGCUUGUCACACAGGAAUCAGCAACCUUUGCUCUGCGCACCGAGGCCACCCACAUGCAAAUAGGGAUCGAUGCCGACCACUCGAACAUUGUCAAAUUCGAUGACAACUCCGACCAUCACUACAGCACGGUAAGGGACAGGCUGUUGUAUUGUGUCGAAAAGGCCCCAAGGAUCAUCGAAUCCCGUUUGGAAAGUGUCACAAUCGGGGCAAAUUUUGAUGAUUCCCCGCCAGGGACCGAACAGCCAUCCUCGAGCCGCAAGUCUUUUGACGAAUUCCGGAUACCGACAGAGCUACCGUUUUCCAGAAAUCAGAACUUUUGUGGCCGGGAAGACCUGAUCGAACGAAUUCACGAAAAAUUACAUCCGACAGAAGCUGCCGGUGCAGAUGCGGUCCCCUGUAGUUCUACUGAGAGAAACUUGGUAACCUUAUACGGCUUGGGGGGUAUCGGGAAGACGCAGGUGGCUUUAGAGUACGCAUAUCGCUAUGAAGCGUUCUACAGCGCAAUCCUGUGGGUUGAUGCCAGAGACCCAACCGUUUUGGAAACAAGCGGUGUUCGGGUUGCCCAACAGCUCGUACGUCACUACGUUAGCGAAUUUCCUUCGAAUCCUGACUAUAUACGCAUUGCCAACGACCUCGGAAUUCCCGGCGGUAUCGAUAUUUCAGGCACCGUCCAGCGGCAGAUAUUGAACUCCGGGAAUGUCUGGCCAACCAUCAAGCGAUGGCUUCAAAAGAAGGGAAAUGAUAAAUGGCUGUUAUUAGUCGACAAUCAUGAUGACUUAGAGACGGUGAACAUCGUCGACUACCUUCCAACCUCAGACUGGGCCAGGAUAAUCGUAACCUCCCGUCGUUCAGAGAUCCAAUCGCUUGGCCAUUCAAUUUCAGUUGCAGAGAUGGAGAAAGACGUUGGACUUGCAAUGCUGAUGAAAGCGAUGCGAGUUGAUGUUGUUGAAGCCUUAUCGGUGGAGGAAAUCAAGGAUGCGGAGGAAGUUGUCGAAAAGUUGGGAGGACUCCCUUUGGCAAUCAGUCAAGCUGCAUCUUAUAUAUUGAUGACAGAGAUCGACUUCAAAACAUAUCUGCUAAAGCUUAAAACCAACUUCAAACGUAUCGCGAGCAAGAAAACCGGCCUGUGGAUGUAUCGAAACGAACCGGUUUUCACUUGCUGGGAAAUUUCCUUCCACGCACUGUGUCCUUCUGCGACCCGCCUUUUGCACAUGUGUGCGUUCUUGAGCAACGAAGAUAUUCCGGAUGAAUUAUUUCGGCGCGGUAGCAGAGGCGUCGAAUGGCUGGGAAACGACAAAGAUGCAUUCGACAACGCAAUUGAGGAUCUCUUAGCCUUCUCCCUCGUAAAACGGAGAGCCACUUCAUUUGCAAAAAGUGAUAGUUUCUGGAUACACCCGCUCGUUCAUCAAUGGGCCCGUGAUCGUGUCGAUGACUCUACGAAACAGAGAACUAGCGCGAGUGAAGCAAUAUUCUUGAUCACAGCAGCUGUUAUCACCGAUCCUACAAAGCGAGACACGGAAUAUUGGGGCUUUGAACGGCGAAUAUCUAACCACAUUGAACUUUGCGCCCAAAACAUUGAGAAAUACUACCCCAGUCACGACUCCAUAUACCCCGAAAAGAUCUCACAAGCACUUUAUACGUUGAGUCGGGUGAAUUACUAUCGAUGUAAGGUUGAAAAAUCGAUACAUCUGGUUCGUCGGGCCAUUGUGGGCUUAAAUGGCUUGGAGGCACUGGCAGCAAUACACCUCUUGGGGGUUAACUUAUCGUUCGAUUCUCAAUACUCCGAAGCGCUCGAGUGGUACCAGCGGGCCCUGGAGGGUACAGAGAAGGCCCUCGGCAAAGAUCACCCUUCCACUCUCACCACCGUCCUCGGCAUGGCAGGCGUAUUUGAGCGCCGCGGAGAGUACGACAAAGCGCUCGAGUGGUACCAGCGGGCCCUGGAGGGUACAGAGAAGGCCCUCGGCAAAGAUCACCCUUCCACUCUCACCGCCGUCUACGGCAUGGCAGGCGUAUUUGAGCGCCGCGGAGAGUACGACAAAGCGCUCGAGUGGUACCAGCGGGAUCUGGAGGGUAUAGAGAAGGCCCUCGGCAAAGAUCACCCUUCCACUCUCUCCACCGUCCUCGGCAUGGCAGGCGUAUUUGAGCGCCGCGGAGAGUACGACAAAGCGCUCGAGUGGUACCAGCGGGCCCUGGAGGGUACAGAGAAGGUCUUCGGCAAAGAUCACCCUUCCACUCUCACCACCGUCCUCGGCAUGGCAGGCGUAUUUGUGCACCGCGGAGAGUACGAUAAGGCGCUCGAGUGGUACCAGCGGGCCCUGGAGGGUAUAGAGAAGGCCCUCGGCAAAGAUCACCCUUCCACUCUCACCGCCGUCUACGGCAUGGCAGGCGUAUUUGAGCGCCGCGGAGAGUACGACAAGGCGCUCGAGUGGUACCAGCGGGCCCUGGAGGGUACAGAGAAGGCCCUCGGCAAAGAUCACCCUUCCACUCUCACCACCGUCCUCGGCAUGGCAGGCGUAUUUGAGCGCCGCGGAGAGUACGACAAAGCGCUCGAGUGGUACCAGCGGGCCCUGGAGGGUAUAGAGAAGGCCCUCGGCAAAGAUCACCCUUGCACUCUCACCGCCGUCUACGGCAUGGCAGGCGUAUUUGAGCGCCGCGGAGAGUACGAUAAGGCGCUCGAGUGGUACCAGCGGGCCCUGGAGGGUACAGAGAAGGCCCUCGGCAAAGAUCACCCUUCCACUCUCACCACCGUCCACGGCAUGGCAGGCGUAUUUGAGCGCCGCGGAGAGUACGACAAGGCGCUCGAGUGGUACCAGCGGGCCCUGGAGGGUACAGAGAAGGUCUUCGGCAAAGAUCACCCUUCCACUCUCACCACCGUCCUCGGCAUGGCAGGCGUAUUUGAGCGCCGCGGAGAGUACGACAAAGCGCUCGAGUGGUACCAGCGGGCCCUGGAGGGUACAGAGAAGGCCCUCGGCAAAGAUCACCCUUCCACUCUCACCGCCGUCUACGGCAUGGCAGGCGUAUUUGAGCGCCGCGGAGAGUACGACAAAGCGCUCGAGUGGUACCAGCGGGAUCUGGAGGGUAUAGAGAAGGCCCUCGGCAAAGAUCACCCUUCCACUCUUGCGAUCGCGAAGUGCAUUGCUCUCCUUCCAAGGUAGCUCCAUUCAUCACGGCCCUCCGGUAUUUAUCUCCCCGCACACAUUUCGCCGAAAUAUUAGAUGCAAUCCCACACCAAACACCGAAUUUUACUCCGAAGUUGUCAAGCAGAUCGCCGAGUCCAGGCGCAUAAAGGGGAGGACCUUCAGGUUCCUUUUUUCGGUUAGCUUGAUUUUGUUUCAUAUGGCGGGCUUUCUUUUUUAUUGAUGGAUUAACUGGUGGUUUGUGGAGAUUAAGACGAGGAUCGUUGAUGUAAAUGUGCAAUAAACAUCUUUGAGCAAAAAUGA